AUGCCCACGAAACCCAUCUGGAUUGACUGUGACCCAGGCCACGACGACGCCACAGCAAUCCUUCUCUCUAUCCACAGCCCGACUAUCCAACUUCUAGGAGUAUCUACAGUUCACGGAAAUGCAGAUGCAUUAAACACAGCGCGCAACGCAGCUCGCUGUCUACAUGCUUUCGCAGCACCUCCGCAUGUCAAGGUCUAUCCUGGCGCGUCCAAACCCCUUUGUCGCCCCGUUAUCUAUGCCCCAGAGAUCCAUGGAUCAGACGGGCUUGGCGGUGUCGAGGGAUUACCUGACAAAGACCAUGCGGACGUGAAGGCCAGGAUAGAUCUCAGUGUGCCGGCAUCUCAGGCUAUGGCGGAAGCUGUAAGGAAGAGCUGGGAUGGAGGGAAGGGAAAGAAGGUCUCGCUGGUUGCGUGCGGACCGUUGACGAACAUUUCACUCUUCGUAAGUGUAUAUCCGGAGUUGAUGGAAGCCGUUGAGCAGAUCGUGUUCAUGGGUGGAGGAGUGGGAAUCGGGAACAAGUCGGCAGUGGCAGAAUUCAAUAUUCUAUGUGACCCCGAAGCCGCCCAAGUCGCUCUCGAUGCUCCCGUUCCAUCAGUCAUGCUCCCCCUCAACGUAACUCACCUCGCAAUUGUGACUUCCACAGUCCAUUCCCACCUCCUCUCCGCUGCUCCCUUCCCUCCUACUUCCACCCCUACCACCACCACCACCACCACCUCCGACCCCAAUGCCAUCCUUCCACAGCCCGCCACACCUCUCCGCCACACACUCUCCACCCUCAUAACCUUCUUCAAAGAAGCCUACGCGACGACCUUCGGAUUCCACACUGGACCUCCUCUGCACGACGCCCUAACGGUAGCCUACGUGAUUGAUCCCUCACUCUUCCCUCGCACGAAACGGUUCAGGGUGGAUGUGGAAUUGACCGGAGCGUUGACGACGGGGGAGACGGUUGUUGAUUUGUGGAAUUAUAAGAGAUGUGGAACGGAGACGUGGGGUAGGGAGGGUUUGAAUUGCUUGGUCACGGAGGGAUUGGAGGUCGAUUCCUUCUUCAAGCUCCUGCUUGAUUGUGUCUCCAGAUGCGAUAAAGUCUCUCCUCUCAACCAGAAGCAAUGA